AUGCAGUCAGAAUCAACCACAAGCUUCUAUCCACACCUGCGCCAACGAUUCCAGUCUCUCGUUUGGUCAUGUCUCGACGCAGAUCUUACAAAGUCUGCCGUCUUUCAUGCUGAGAGAUAUUUCUCCAUGGAUCGCACCAACCACGAAGCGCGCCAUCUCUACGCCACUUCCCUUCUGCGCGAAGGCCAAACUUACUCUGCCCUCCAUCUUGUCAAUGGCGCACAUGACGAACUCUGUACAGGGUGUCUAGAGAUUAAGGCUAGCUGCUCCAUGAAACUCGGCCGCCAUAGACAGGCGCGUGAAGCACUGGAGUGUACACUACGCGAUACAAACUACGUGUCUUCAGCGUCAUCAAGCAGCCGAAUCGCACAUUCGUUUCCUGAAGAAGCUGUCCUACGAUGUCGAUCCGGCACGACAGCUUUCAAAGGUAAUUUGCCUGAGAAAGCAUCGCGUAGCUUUCAGGACGCUUUAGCUCUCAAUCCAUACCUUUGGGAAGCCUUUGAGGGUCUUUGUGCUCUCGGCACCAUCCCCGAUAUUGAUGAGCUUUUUCCACCCCGACCGCCACCCGUAAAACGGGGGCCACCAGAGGACAUCCCACCGAAAUCUGCGCCGGUGGCGACAGGUGCUGGAUUUUUCACUCCCGACACUGGCAAUGGGGGAAACCUCUUUCGCCAAUGGAAACCGGACAUUUCACAACCACAACCAUUUCGCAUGGCUCCACCUCCAGAGCCGAGCCAUACAUUUUACCCUUUUUCACCAGAAGAUAACUCGUACCUAGUUAGCCGUCCACAACCUACAAGCAACAGCCUAGCUCAGGCGGUUUCUAGACCGCUUUCGUCAGCAGAUGAAGCGGGACCUGUGCAGAAAAGGAUGCGAUCUACUACGCAACAACCUGAAGGCCUCAAAGCAAAAGCGAGCAAGUCUAGUCUGGACGAUCCCUUGAAAAAGGCACGCGCACGCCCGGCCUUGUCAUUUGCUAACAUCUUCUCAUCUUCCGGUCGUCGUUCUCAGCCAACGACUUCCUCUAGGACAAAUGCUGCGCCAGGGAAGAGUAACGCUCAACCUGCUACUGGCCAUAUCGCUACACGACGGAGUACCCGUUUGCAAACAGGCACCGGACCCAAACAGCUUCAUUCCAAGCAGAGCUCUACACGCGACCGACGACGACCGACCACGCAUUCGCGGACGCAAUCUAACACCGAAUCUGAGAAAGACGAAGGGCUGACUGUUGGUGGGGAAGUGGCUUAUUCACCCUCACCACCUGCCGCACUUUCACCACGGUCUGAAGCCUCGCCUUCUCCGAGUAAUUGGACUUCAGCGCAAGAACAACUUGCUCAGGAAGAAUAUGAACACGAGCAAGCUGAACAUUAUAUAUAUGAGCUUGUCCGAUCCUUUGCUCGAUCGACGCGAGCUCUGGCCCUGUACGAUUGCCAAAAAUGCCUAGACGAACUGGAGCAACUGCCGCAUGUACACCAGAAUUCGUGCACUGUUUUAGCGAUGGUCGGUAGGGCGCAGUAUGAGAGACAGGAUUUUUCAUCUGCGGAACGGGCGUUCAAAACACUACGGAGAGAAGACCCCUAUCGAUUGUGGGAUUUGGAAGUGUAUUCUUCCCUUUUAUGGCACCUGCAGCGAAGCGUCGAACUGUCGUUCUUAGCGCAGGAACUCCUCAACAUCAACCCACAGUCACCUCAGGCCUGGAUCACGAUCGGAAACCUAUUUUCUCUACAGAAGGAACGCCAACAAGCGUUGACUUCGUUCCGGCGCGCCAUCCAGCUUGAUCCCACCUGUGCGUACGCGUACACACUUAGCGGUCAUGAGUCAAUAGACGAAGACCUCAAUAAGGCUAUCAACUUCUUCCAGUCGGCGUUACGUGCAGAUGCCCGCCAUUAUAAUGCAUGGUACGGCCUGGGAACUUGUUAUCUGAGGAUGAGUAAAGUGCGCCUAGCGGAAUACCAUUUUCGAAAGGCAUCAGAGAUACACCCAAAGAAUGCGGUCCUGCUGGGAUGUGUAGGAAUGGCUGUCGAGCGGAGGGGCGACCGAGAAACGGCACUCUCGUUAUUCAACGAGGCCAUCCGAAUAGCACCUGAUAAUGCUCUGGUUAGAUAUCGGAGAGCGAAAAUCUAUGUCUCGAUGCGGAAGUACACAGCGGCGGUCGAGGACCUGGAGCUGCUGCGAAGCACGACGCCCGACGAAUCGAAUGUGGUGUUCCAGCUGGCCAAGGCAUACCGACUGCUGGGGAAUGUGGUCAAGUCUGCUCAGACGCUGGCUGCUGCGCGGGACAUCUCUCCAAAGAGCAUCAGCAAGAUCAAAAAGCUGCUGGAGACUGUGAAGGACGAGGGAGACGAGCAGAUGGACGAAGGAUAG